AUGCAUCCUACAACAUAUUUGCUAUAAAAUGCAAGAGAUCGAAUAAAAUUUCCAAGAGAGAAAUUAACAAAGCUGAUAUAUUUUAAUGAUGAGAUGUAUGAGGCUUUCAUGAAAGCUUAGAAGAUAAUGGCAUAGGAGCCAAGUAUUCGUAAUCAUCCUGAUUAUCAUAAUUGGAGUAGAGAAAGAAUAGAACAUAAAAUCAUAUGAGAAAUUGAGAAUAAUGCAUUUAAAUUUCAAUUUAGGUAAUGCUAUGCAUAGGGCUCCUCUUUUAAGCAUAUUUUAAUGCACAACAUCAACAGCAGUAUCAUUUGCAAUGACAGUACUCGAAUUAUGAUUUUUAGGAACAGUUUAUGGGGUUAUAAAUUCUUAACAUUGGAGCAUAUGCAUAAACAGAAAUCGGACAUGGAAUUGAUGGAUAAAAUCUAGAAACUAAAGCUACAUAUGGUUCAUAAAGUAAUUACUUUAUAUUACAUACUAUCCAUCUGUUUCUGCUGUUAAAUGUAAAUGAAUAAAGAUUAUAAUAAAGUUUGGCCUAGAGAAUUAGAAUUUCUAUCUAAUUAUGCACUGGUUUAUGCUAAAUUGAUAUUUAAUGGUAAAUAUAAAGGAGUACAUCCAUUUAUGGUUUAAAUUAGAGAUAAUCAAACUCAUAAAACAAUAAAAGGAGUAACGGUAGGUGACAGUAGACCAAAAUUAGGUUAUUCAACUAAAGAUAAUGGAUUUCUUGCAUUUCAUAAUUAUCGUAUUCUUUUCAUUAGUAUGUUGGUUAGAUAUGUAAGAAUAAAAAAUAGAUAAUUUUCAAGUUAUGGAAAUGAGAAGGUAAUAUUUUUAGAUAUUCUUAAUACUUCAUUUAUCAGGUCUUUUAAGAAUAUAUUUAUUACAAAUGCUAAUUCCUCUAUUAAACACAUCUUACAAUAACUUUGA